AUGUCCUGGUAUGAAGUGGAGACGGAGCGGGUCGGUUUUUGGGAACACGAUUACGCGAUUCCCACGUAUUCGGUAGAUCCCCGCAUUGUGCAAGUGUACGUCGUCUACGAGAAUCGCGCUCAAACGUUUGACAAACGGGAGCAAGCUUUUGGGAAUGAAGAGGUAAUCUACGAAGAGAUCUACCCGUCAACGAGCACGGCUUUCGAUCAAGAAGUGGCGCUGGAGCUGGAUGUUUGUGAUUAUGAAGAGGAAGCCUGCACAUCGGAAUAUCGCUGGUACAAUGAACGUUACGAGGAAACGGUGAAAGUCGACGACGAGGAUUACCCGCUCGAUUCACCGCCAAUUUUGGAACCACAAGUGUCACAAAUCGUUCGGAACACAGAGCUUUGUCGCUUAUGCGCACAGAAUAUACCGACUGGAUGCCGGAGAAUGCAUAUAAGAAGAUUCCAUUUACAACGAAAACUCUUCCGUUGCCCUCAUUGUAAAUUCUCUUCGAACUACAGCUACGGAAAUGUAAGAGCUCAUAUGUGGCAAAUGCAUUAUAGCCGGCUGAAGCCGAUCACAGUGAAGAACAGUUUAAACGACGUGAUGAUGGAUUACGCUUACAUGUGUUUCGGUGAUCAACGUCUUUUGGCUAGAUAUGAGAAAGAGGUGGUCGAUACAGUGAUGGAUUUGAUUGAUUGGGCGGCUGAUGGGGUAAAGCCAGAGGAUUUGAUCCCUGUCGCACAGCAAACGAGACAAGGAUCAAGUCAAAAUGCGGUUUGGGCAGAAAUUGGCGACGAUGGACUCCCGUUUGACAUCAUUGAUCCAGGAGAGGAACAAGAAAUGGGAAACUCGAGUGAAAAGAGCACUCAGCGAAUCGAAUCGCUUCAAAUCACGCAAGAGCCGGCUGCGAAACGAUCGAAAAGGCCAACGUCUACCUGUCUCCUUUGUGGGCUUCGUGAGAUCACUCAUCGAGAACGUCACGUUCUCCAGCAUCAUUUCAAGCGACUCGUUUAUCUGUGCCCACAUUGCUCUUUUGGGAGCACCUAUGCGCCGAAUGUAAUCAAAGAUCAUAUGCGAACAAAGCAUAUAGCUCUUGGCGGAAAUCCAGUGGACAUUCGGGGUCAAGUGACGAAAGCGAUCGAUUCGAUCUACGAGAAAUGCUUUGGACCGAUCUCAUACAUUGAUUCCCAA